AUGCCACCCAAGAAGUCACUCCGAAGAGCAGUUGUCCGACCACGCCGCACCAUCUGUAAAAUAUGCCAUAAUCUGGAUCCACGCGACCAUGCUAGCUCUGUGUACCUCACAGAACGUACAGAAGGGCCUCUUGCAAGUCUGUCUCUUGUUAUAGAUGCGUUCGAACUGUCGAAGCUUAGAUUGCCAAAAGAAGGUGGAUGUCGCUUCUGCAAUGUGUUGUGUCAAGCUCUAGACGCAUUCUUUGGAGGUUGGAGAGGAAGUAGGCAAAGAGUCAACAUCGAGAUUCUAGAGAAAGGCACCAUAGAAAUAGGCCUUGAUCAGGAAGCAUGGAGAAGUGAAGUUGUAAGUAUCUAUACUACCAAACCUUCUCGGAGUUGGCCAACUUUAGGGGUCGCUCGUCGUAUUCCUCUGAACUCCGGCUCGGACGAUACAUUUGACUUCGCGCGAAGAUGCAUUCAGGAUUGCCUUACCAAUACUAAGCAUAAAGCAUGCAGUCUGCCUCGGAAGUCGUCUGCAUCUACACCAAAGCGACUGCUUGACGUCGGACGUGCGACCGCACCCAUCCGUCUGAUUGACACUCAAGGGAAGGCUUUGGAGUACGCGGCCCUUUCUCACUGCUGGGGCACCGGCUCCCCUCUGAAAACCACCAAAUCAAACUGGAGGAAGUUGUCCUACGAUAUCUCUUUCGACUCCCUACCCCCAUUGUUCCAAGAUGCUGUCAUUAUCACACGACAGAUGGGGUUGCGCUACAUCUGGAUCGAUUCACUCUGCAUUAUUCAAGACUCAGCUCGCGACUGGGAGACUGAGUCUUUCAAGAUGGGGAGUAUAUAUGAAAAUGCUUUAUUCACGAUAGCUGCAACUGCUUCGCCCGACGGAGCUUCCCGCGCCUUGAAUGAUCGAGAGAAGCCCGUGAAACUCAACUUCGAGAACAUGGCAGGUGACGAAGUGGAUAUCCGCGCGAGAAGGGCGGAAGACCAUCAUCCGAGAAAUAAAGAAGAGCCUGCUAAUCUCGUUGGACCACUGACUACGAGAGCUUGGGCAUUGCAGGAGCAUGUUCUCAGUACAAGAAUCCUUCACUAUUCAAAAACAGAAUUGCUAUUUGAGUGCAGAACUUCCUUCCGCUGCGAAUGUUCACCAUCGCGAAAAUCACAGCCUACUACGCCCGCACUGAUCCCGACGGCGAUGGCGAAAUCGAACAAGCAACCUGAAGCGGUCUGGGACGCGUGGCACCGCGUCGUGGAGCAGUACUCUCGGAGGACCCUGACACAUCUGAAUGACAAGUUGCCAGCGAUAUCGGGAAUUGCUUGUAAGAUACAGAAAGCAACAUCGUCAAGGUAUAUUGCUGGAUUGUGGGAAGCAAACUUGGUAUUGGACCUCUUGUGGUCAACGACUUCGACCGCCGAUGCGCAUUAUUUCUCACCGGACAAAUAUCGAGCCCCGUCUUUCUCAUGGGCCAGCUUAGAUGUCCCUGUUGCCUUCGCAUCUUCAGACCAAGAGGAGCGUCAUUUCGUUGUGUCAACGAUCAUCCUGGUCGCUUCGUCUCUUUCAGUCACUGGUCUCAAUCCGCUAGGUGCCUUGUCGGAUGCAUCAAUUCGGGUACGCGGCCCCAUCAUGCAUGCAACACUGCUCUCUACGCAAAGAGAAGGUCUCUGGGAAUAUGUCUUGCUCCUGAAGGGUACCAGUGCGAUCACUAUCCAAAACGAUUGUUUACUCGUGGAAGACGUUAUAGGGGUUUCCUCCAGUCGCACGGCACAAUACAUCCGAAGGGCGCAAUGCGGGGACGUCCCUAAGGCUUUUAAGGCGCCUGUGAUUUGCUUGUGCGUCGCUCGACAUGACACAUGGAUAUCAGGUCUCGUUCUUGGGCUUGUCCGUCAAACGUUGAAUUGCUGGAAUCGUUUAGGCACAUUCGCGGCUGAGAGCGACGUCUUGCAGCGUGCAAAGGAGGAUGAGGUGCAAAUUACAUGA